AUGUCCAAAACAAAUAUCUUCCUCAACGUUAUUUUAUUUGCCUCGUGGCUUGUUAUCUGCAAGGCAUCCCCAUUGUAUCAGCUGAAUUAUUUGGCAUCUCAAAAUAUCUAUACAAACAUGUUGUACAAUAAACCUCAAGCUACUCCCAAUCUGGACAAUAUUAUGGAAUCAAGUAUGGAAAUGGCUAUGGAAAAUUGUCAACGAUCAUUUAAAUGGGAACGUUGGAGCUGCCCCACAUCCGACUUCAAUCUGCGGCGUGCUUCAAAGUCAUCAGAAUUGGAUCGUGAAGGAGCCUAUGUGGAAGCAAUCGCAACUGCAGCUAUCUUAUACACCACCACCAAGUCAUGCUCCAGUGGUAUGAUAUCGGUAUGCAGUUCCUGCUCGAAUAACCCAUACUCAUCACAGUGUUCAGAUAAUCCACAAGCAGCCGAGAAACUAUUGAUGCGACAUCUGAACAUCAAUUUCCCCAAUGAAUUCUAUGGCAAAAUUUUCAAACACAACUACAAAGCCAUUACAAAUCUAUUGCAAAAAUCUCUAACCAAGCAAUGUGUUUGCACUGCAAUGGGCCCAACGGGAAAAUGUACCAACGAAAUUUGCCGCGAAAUGUUGAAACCAUUUGAAGAAAUUGCCGAUGACAUUCGUCAGAUGUACGAUGAAGGUAUACUAUUGGAAAAUACAAUUAUCAAUUCUCGUAUCUUGUGGGAUAACAUACCCUUGGAUGUAUUGGUCUUUAUGAGAGAUUCACCCAAUUACUGCGAAUUGGAUGCUGUACCCCAGUGGAAUGGCAUGGUUGGACGUCAGUGUGCAAGUAUAACAGCCGACGGAGAUAUUUCGGAGGAGGACAAACUACGUUGCAAUCAUCUUUGUGGAGAAUGUGGUUACAGCGUUGAGAAGAAAGAUGUUCUGACUGAAUCUCGAUGCAAUUGCAAAUUAACAUGGGAUUUUAAAUUGCAGUGUGAAUCGUGUUAUACCCCUGAGAAACAUUACUAUUGUUACUAA